AUGCGGCUUCUGAAAUAUGACGAUCGCGGCUUGCUCAGUCUGACCCAGGACUUGCAGGACGACAUUCCCCCUUACGCAAUAUUGUCACAUACUUGGGGUUUUGAUGGAGACGAAGUUACAUUUGACGACUUAAUGAGUGGGAUUUACAAGAGCAAGCCUGGCUACGCGAAGAUUCAGUUUUGUAGUGAGCAAGCCAGAAGAGCUGGUCUACUUUACUUUUGGGUGGACACCUGUUGCAUCAAUAAAUCAAAUCACACUGAACUCUCAGAGGCGAUUAACUCGAUAUUCCGCUGGUAUCUCAACGCUACAAGAUGCUAUGUCCACCUUUCAGAUGUGUCGAUGUGUACUGAGGAUGAUCAGAGUAAGCGAACAUGGAAGAUAGCUUUCCGGAGGAGCAGAUGGUUUACACGGGGUUGGACGCUUCAGGAACUUAUUGCUCCGCCAUCGGUCGAAUUUUUCUCCCGAGAAGGUGAGCUAUUAGGUAGUAAGAUCACACUCGAACAGCAGAUCCACGAGAUAACAGGAAUUCCGAUCGCGGCUCUUCGAGGUGCGUCUUUGUCUCAGUUCAGUGUUGAUGAGCGGAUGCGAUGGGCAGCCAGACGCGAAACAAGGAGAAAGGAGGACAAGGCCUAUUGCCUGAUGGGAAUCUUUGGUGUGUUCAUGCCCCUGAUAUAUGGCGAGGGUGAAAACGCGUUUAUUCGACUCUUGAAUGCAACACGAAAUUCCUAUAGACUUGACCAGUCACAUAAUGAUGGACAGGCCUUCGUCAACUCUGCAGAACGACCAGAGGCCCGUAACUCAACAUUGACGGUCAAGCCAUUUGAAACCACCCUCCGAAACCUUGGACCGAGCUGUGAAUUUUCCCAGCCUGACGAUGAGCUCUCUAACGGUGAAACAUUUUGCUACUACCCACUUGCCGACUCUACGUUCCGCCUUUUGCUCCUCAACCCCGGAACUUUUGGGGAUCACAUCACUGGCUCCCUCGAAGAGUAUACUUUCGAGGAUCCCCCAGCAUACUACGCACUGAGCUAUGUUUGGGGGCAGGAACCCAUGAUUCACCGAAUUGUUGUUAACGGACGAACGAAGUUUAUACAACCAAACCUUUUCCAUGCCUUACAACGGAUACGGCUUAGGCCUGGCCCAAUUCACGUUUGGGUGGACGCCGUUUGCAUCAAUCAAACUGAUCACUCGGAAAGGACUAUGCAGGUCAGACAAAUGGCAACAAUCUACCGCAAGGCCACCAGUGUCAUGGUCUGGUUAGGCGAGGAGGACGCAACGAGUAGAUUUGCUUUGGACUUUGUUCCUCAGAUUAUUUCAAGUGAUUUCGAGUGGGUGGGCCCGUGGUGGGAACAAUACGGUUUUACUGCACUCGCUCAGAUCUUGGAAAGACCCUGGUUCCGAAGAGGUUGGGUUUUCCAAGAGUUGGCAUUCUCAACACAUUCAACCAUUUAUUGUGGUGACCGUCAAGUCUACAUGGACCACUUUAUCAUGGCUAUAGACUCGGUCCGAGCUGGACUAAGCACCAUGCAACCGUCUUUUAUUCAAACCCCGAAUAAAAUGCGAACCUCUAUCCUGACAAACUUUCGGGAUUCACCUGCUGUUAAACUUCUGGACACUAUUGAAGGCGCGUUCAGCAAAACUACGAAAGGAGAUGUUCUUCACCGAAACAUGUCCUUAGAAACUCUGGUGGAUUUAAGUACUUUCAGCGAAACGACCGAUGAGCGAGAUGCAAUCUAUGCUUUUCUAAAUCUGGCCAACGAUAUAUCCUCGCUAUCAGAGCCAGAUCAGUCUGAUUCCAUAAUUCCCGACUACGGCAAGAGCAUACUUGAUGUGUUUGUAGACUUCAUCCUGCAUUGUUGUCGGCAAUCAGGGUCAUUGGACAUUAUCUGUCGCCCAUGGGCGCCGAUGGUGUCCUCUCCAGUCUCUCCAAUUGGUCGAAAGGAUCGGUCUGACCACAGUCUACAAACAUUCCCCUCGUGGAUAGCGUCUAGAGACAGCUUACCUUUUGGAGGCCCAUCUCGACGAUUGAAUCAUCGCUUGCACGCUAAUCCAUUAGUCGACAGGAGCCAAAGGCGACCAUACAAUGCCCAUUAUGGAUUGAAGCCCCACGUUUCUGUGGGAAGAAAUAAGGACGGUACUUGUGAUGGAUCACUUCACGCCAGAGGCAUAAUUCUUGGGGAGAUCGCCGAAAGAUCAACAAGGCUAGCAAACGCUAUCGUGACGAGGGAGUGCCUAAGCAUCCUUGGGACGAUCUCCCGCAAUCCUCAUUCGAGUCUUAUCGACCUACCAGAUACCAUUUGGCGUACCCUCUGUGCAGAUCGUGAUGGCAAGGGCGAACUUGCGCCGCGAUUCUAUCGUGUAGCGAUGCUUCAUUUGUUGCAGAUUAGUUUCAUGACUCCCAAGCCUGGUGAGUCUACUAAUCUGCUCGAUCAUAUGUCUAGCAUUGAUAUCGAAGAACUUUUGGGCAACGAAGUUGCAGAUCACGUCAAGAAUUUUCUCAUGGUUGUUCGAGAUGUUAUUUGGAAUCGUCGCACCUUUCGGACAAAGGUAAACGACAGCGCGGAAAGACCCCUGGUGGGCCUUGCACCUCAAAACGCCAAGAUCGGCGAUCAGAUUUGCAUUUUCUACGGCUGCAGCGUGCCAGUCGUCCUUCGGAGAAUGUCUGACUCGACCGAUAAAUCUCACUGGCAAUUGAUUGGUAAUGCAUAUGUUCAUGGAGUUAUGGACGGCGAAGCUAUUCGUGCCCUAUCAUCAGAGACACUCAAAUCUACAGAAUCCGAGAUCGAAAUCCGAUAG